AUGGCUGCUCGCCUCCUGCUCGCGCGCGCUGCAGGACGCCCGCGCUGGGCCGCGCCCCUCGUGACACGCUCUAGCCCCUCCUCUUCACUCGCCGCAUUCGGGCGCUUAGCCGCGCGCGCGCCUCCUGUCGCUCACCCGUUGGCGCGUCGUGGGGCUUUCGCGUCCAGUCAGUUCCCUGGAAUUCAAAGCUCAUUUUUCAGCUCGCUCACGAAGCCCCAAGCGCCCGAAGACAAGAAGCCCAAGGCUGGUGAAGAUGUGGGGGCUGUGAAGCCCAAGUCCGACGCGUUCGGCAUUGAGAAGGACAC